GGUAACCGACACGAUCUCAUUGAGAAACAGCCAAAUUCCGCGCUAAGCACACUGCGCAAUUUGUUGAAUUAUCCCCUUGCAGAGUCCUCAAGUCCAUGGGCACAAAUAAUUUGGAAGAAUAAGAUGACUUGUUUUGAAGGCGGGCCGCGGGACUGCUAUACAAGGUAUGGCCGUUGCACCCACUAUCCUAUCCUAUCCUCCAGUUGGUUCAACUCGUGUACUUGCUGGUACUGUAUGCAUUAUACCUAUGGUGCUUUGCGCAUCACCCCCUCGUUCCGGGCCUUUCUUCGUUCCGCUUCCACUAGAGCCACUCUUGAACCACUAGAAUUCUAACGCACGUUCAAAAUGGCAAAUUGUCUUGAUCGAAAUCUGUGCUGAAGAGAAAUUAGCAUAUAUAUAACGUUGCGCAAAUAAUGAUGAGAGCUAGCCUCUUCCCUCAUUUCUUCUACUGGGUUUUUUUUCUCAUCUCGCAUAUUUUUACCAUGAUCCUCCCAUCUUCCACCACUGUUGUCGCCAUGCUGGUAGCAUUCAAUUUGUGUCUAGGUUCAAGCGCUUCUAUUGUUCCUAGUCCACUUGAAAUUUCCAAUGUGUCCUUUCAAGGCCGCCAAUUGGCUUCACCAUUCGAUACCAGUUCAUCCGGUUGCGCUGUCUCCACAGCUAUGGUACCUAAUCAGCGCGGAGAACUCGUACAUCCCACAUAUAACGUCACUCAAAUUGGAUUAGGGAUCGGCACACAGAAUUAUUCGUGUUCGAGUACAGGAAAUUAUACGAGUGUCGGUGCUGUAGCUGAGCUCUACGACGUCUCCUGUGAAUACUUAACUGCUGAUCUCUCCAAUGUUUCCGCCGAAGCUUAUCGCUUAUGGGUUGCCGCGCCUACCUACUACACUGAAUCCACCCUCAUCGAUGUCCUUCAUGCCUACAGAGGAACACCCAGUGUCCCUACCAUCCUUGGCCAGCAUUAUUUUGUUCCUAAUCCGACAGGAAGUGGCCUCAGUCCCAAAUGGGACUUCACCUCCGAGUCAUUUGCGGGCAAUAACGCUGCGUAUGUGAUUGGAAGGGCUGUAGGAGAUAUACCGUCUCCGGAUGGUAGCGCAAAUAUAGAUUGGCUGUACCUCACAAAUGUACAAGGAGGUUUGGCACAGGAAGUUUAUCGGACGAAUACGACGGGUGGUCAACCACCUACUGAAGCGAGUGGAAGUUUCAAACGACGUGCUCAAGGUGCUGAUGAGGGUACACUGAACGGUAUAGAGUGUACACCUGGCUCCACAGUUGCUGUUAAGUAUACUUCCUUGUAUUGUAAGUUUUGUUCGCUCAAGUAUCAUCCAUUACUGACUUGAGUUUAACGCAACUUUUAGAUUUUACAGGAGGUUUAAUUUGA